CAUCCUUCUUUCAUGCAGUCAUUGCAUUUACAGACCGUGGCCAGGUAUCAAUCACCCUAUUAGAUGCGAUGCGCCAUCCUCAAUUUAACAAGAAAACUUUAAUUAGCGGCCGCGGGCUGCCGAGCCUCCAAAUAGAGCAGGUACCCUAUUAAUUGUUUGUACUCGUUCGUACAAAUUACCUCGUACCUACCUACACACCUACUGUGUACUCCCUACGGACCCUACCUACGUUAGGUGCCUACCUACGUACACAUAACAACAACAAUAAUUGAUCCACACUUGUACUUUACCUUGCCCACUUCACAUAAUGACCCUACUUGAAAGACCAAACUCCGACUCUGAGGAGCAAGAUCAGGAAGAGCAGGAAGAGAAGAGACGAGAGGCUAGCGACACAACAGAGGUCGAACAUCACCUUCAGACGUCUGUCCCACCCAUCGUCCCUGCGCAAGAACAUCUCACCAAGCUUUCACGUCCUGCUCUCCAAGCGCCCCAAGGCGACACCCAAGCACAUCCUCGGCCGCACCAAGCUUUGGAUCAGCUACCACACCCUUCAAUCCAAAAUUCAUACAAUGAUCCAGUGCAAGUAAUACCUGCGGGCGGAAAAGCCUGUCGCUAUGACGUAGGCUUACAGCAGCAUGCACCAUCACCAUGCGCCGCUGUCCCUACCGCUGCUUCCAGCGACCCGCAUCAAUUGCAUCCUUCGCACUCGACGAUACAGUCAAUAUGUACCGACGCACACGCACCGUCUCCAACAGAUAUCGCCGCCGUGCCUCGACAGGCACCUAAUAACACAUCCUCUGAAGCAUCACCGGCAAUUGGCUUGACUUGUGCGCCUGAGUUGCCAUCGCCACCACAGACUGAACUUCUCCAUGCAUCAAAUACGGACCCCAGAGAAGCAGCCAAGGAGGGUCACCUAUCUGAAUCCUCUGAGCAUGUCACGUGUUCACUCACCACCACGACACGGAAGCCACCGGUACACGUCGAGAGUUCACAGGAAGCGAUUCUAGAUGUUCUCAAAGCACGACGGGCGGAAUUGAUAACAUCUUUAGCAGGACUUUCAAAGUCAGAUGAUGCAAUAUCCAAUCUGAUCGAAGAAUACGAUCCUGAUCUUCUAUCGUCUUCAUCUCAUGUGCUCGGUCUAGCAAACGAUAUCGUGAAACGACACAUAACGCUGCUGCAUGAGUAUAACGAAAUCAAGGAUGUGGGUCAAGGGCUCAUGGGAUUGAUGGCCGAACAAAGAGGCGUACGGAGCAUAGACAUCCACAGGGAAUAUGGAAUUGAGCUAAAGGACUGACACACUACCACUGCCUCCGAGACCUUUCUAAUGUUCUGCUUCCUUAUCUGGCUUGGAAUCCAGCGAGUUUCCAUUUGUAAAUCUCCCAGAAACCGAUCGUUGGCACUGGGUAACGCGAUUUCGAAGCGCCUGAGUGCCGGCACGUUCGUUAUAUUACUGUGCAAUGCUUCUUGGCUGCCUCCUUGAGCAACGCCCAGGAGCUGAGAUGACUAACAGAUUGA